AUGUCAGAUCCCAACACAACCGACUUCACCAACCCUUCCACCUUCAUCCUGCUGGGUGUUCCUGGCCUGGAGGCGGCCCAUGUCUGGAUCUCCAUCCCCUUCUCUGCCAUGUACGCUGUAGCCAUCUUGGGGAACUUCACCAUCCUGUUCAUUGUGAGGAUAGAACUGAGCCUCCAUGGGCCAAUGUACUAUUUCCUCUGCAUGCUGGCUAUCUCCGACCUGGUCCUGUCUACGUCCAUCCUGCCCAAGACGCUGAGCAUCUUCUGGUUCAAUUCCAGGGAGAUCGAUUUUAGUGCCUGCCUCACCCAGAUGUACUUCAUUCACUGCUUCUUAACGGUGGAGUCUGGGAUCUUUGUGGCCAUGGCUCUGGAUCGCUACGUGGCCAUCUGUGACCCCCUGAGACAUUCUACCAUCCUGACAAACCCUGUGGUUGCCAAGAUUGGCCUGGCUGUGUUGCUGCGUGGUUGUGUGUUCGUACUGCCCACUCCCUUCCUGGCGAGGCGGUGGGCAUAUUGCAGAACGAGCAUCAUCCCCCACACGUACUGUGAGCACAUCGCCGUGGUGAAGCUGGCCUGCAACGAUACCCGUGUCAGUAAUUACUACGGCCUCUUUGUGGUAUUCUUUGUGAUUGGUCUGGAUAUGCUUUUUAUCGCUGUGUCCUACACCCAGAUCCUCAGGGCCAUCUUCAGCCUCCCCACAAAGGACACCCGGCUUAAGACUUUGGGGACCUGCAGCUCCCACCUCUGUGUCAUCUUAGCCUUUUACAUCCCAGGUCUCUUCUCCUUCCUCACGCAGCGGUUUGGCCACAAUGUGCCCCUGCAUUUCCAUGUUCUCAUGGCCAACAUGUACCUCCUGGUGCCCCCCAUGCUAAAUCCUGUCAUCUAUGGAGUGAGGACCAAACAGAUCCGGGACAGGCUGCUCCGGCUCUUUCCUCAUAAAGGGACCUAA